AUGGUGUGCUCGACGGAGUCGAUCCGGGAGGAUAGCCUGGAGUCGAUGUUGACGAUCGAAGUCUGCACGACCUUGAUCUCAUCUAGGAGCAACUUGAAGUUGGGAUCCAUGGCGCCUAGCUCUUUGCGGAAUCUGGUGAAGUGGUCGUGGGAGAUUUCGUGGGGUUCCAGUGUGGCGAUGCUCACUGCGCCACCGCCGAUCACACCAACCUCGGCUCUGACCUACAGGAUCUCGACGGCCGUCACCGGAGUGAAGCCGGAAAUCAACCUGCCGACGGGGAUCACGGUGCCGGAUCAAGACGGUGGUGAGGAGGAUAGAGGAAACCCGCGGAAUCGGUGGCUCUAA